AUGACGGUCAAGCUUGCCACACUUGCAUCGCUUUUAACGCUGUCGCUGUCGGUGCUCGCGACACCGUUGGGCAAGCAGAGCCGGGCGGUGACUCCGCUGACGAUGGGUAAUGGUCAGGUGUGCCGGUACGACAGCGAAUGCAGCAGCAACUACUGCCGGCAGACGCCCGCGCAGCGCGCGGCGGGCAGCCCGACGGGCACGUGCGACGCCAAGAAGGCCAAUGGCAAUGUCUGCUACGCGGACAGCGGCUGCAUGAGCGGGCACUGCGUCUCGGGCAAGUGUGGCGCCCUGGCGCCAUCGCAACCGCAGAUUACGUGCACCAAGAUGACGGCGACGACAAUGUACCUGGGUCGCCUGGACGCGGACGUGUACAGUGCGCUUGGGCAGCCGCCAGCGCAGCCAUACCUGACGUUCAACAAGCACUAUGACGGGGCCAACCACGAGGUGCUGACGACGUCAGGCCCGAGCCACCGCAUCCCGGCGGAGUUCUGGAAGUGCACAUCGCAGUCGAUGCGUUACGAGAACGGCAACGGAUACAGCUAUGGACAGAUCCGCCUACCGAGCGUUGGGCCGCAGCAGUGCCUGACGGCGUUGUACUAUGGCUACUACGGGGGCACGUCGCCGCUGUUCGCAGCUCCGUGCGUGUUUGACGACCAGCAGUAUUCGAUUGGGCCGCAGUACUUUGCCGUUGGGACGGGUGCAUCGUCGAGCUCUACCAAGAAGAAACGCGGCCUGUCGAACAUGGGCAGCAACCCAUACCCCUACAAUGACCACUCUGCGCCGUUUGUGCAGCCAGUCGUCCCCAAGGGAUCCAGCGACCCGCACUUUGGGCAGAAUGCCAAAGGCUUCGCGUCGCCCUCACAGGACGGAAAGUACUCCUCGUGGCUGCUGGACAAUCCCAGCUCUCAGAAUGACUCGCCGCUGUAUCUCGUCUCGGGCUAUACACGCUGA